AUGUAUGAAACAAGCUUGAUACCCAAAAAGCGACACCUAGAUCUUCCAAGUCCUAAAUCACUUGCUAGGUUGUUGAAUAUCCCUAUUAAAAAGCGGAAAUUAUCAGGUUCAAACCUGAAUUUUACUCAAGAUGCAAAUAAUGAUAAUAUUCAUAAUCAAUCAAAUGAUAUUAAAGAAGAUGAUAUUAAAAUCAAUCUACCUAUUCCUCGUAUAAUGGAAUCAAAUCUUCAUCUACCUUCUUUCUUACCAACUCGUGAUUCUGAUGCUCCAUUAUUGAAUUCUAUACCGGCUAAUAUAGUUCCCAUAAUUCAUGAACCAUCUAAUAUAUCAGAUUAUUUUACCGAUGUUACAACCGAUUUAAGUGAUUAUAAAUUAUCAAAUCAAGUAACUGGUAUACUUGAUAAGUUCCCACCUCCAAUUCCUCCUUUUAUUACUGAUAGAAUGAAACAAGAUAAUAAUAAUUAUGAUGGUAUAAUGGUACCAUUUAUUUAUCCUCCUCCUCCUAUUAUUAAUAUUGAUACAUUACCUUAUUCAUUGGCGCUGUUUAAAAAGAGAUUUGAAAAUAUGAAUAAAAAUGGAUCAUCUUACAAUAAUGAUAAUAGAUCAAAAUCUAAUAAACGCGAUUAUAGAAAAGAUGAACAAGAAUCCCCUUUAUCAUCUCAUGCUCAUCUUGCUCAUGAUAAAAGAAGAGGAAAUAAUCAUAAUCAGAAUAAUAAUAAUAAUGACAAUGGUCAGAUACAUGAAUCAAUGUAUUUGCAAAUACCUCCAUUACCAUUCCCUCCUCCUAAUUAUAUGCCAUACCCCGUCUCUGCAACAAAAUCGACUUUAACCCCUAAUGAAGUAUUUCAAUCAUUAUUAGAUGCUCAUGAAGAUUUACCUAGAACUAAUAUGGUGUUGGCUAGUGCUGCUGGAUCAUUAUUUGAUUUGAAAUCUCUGGCUGAAAAUGAAGGGUUUACAAUAAAAGGAUAUGAAAGAAAUAAACAUCUUCAAAAGCAAAAACAAAAGUCAAAGAAAGCCAAACGUCGUUUACAACAACGUGAUUCCCUGGGUAAUAUAAUCGAAGAUGACAACGAUAAUGAUGACGAUGACGAUGAAGAUGGCGAUGAGGAUGAGGAUGAGGACGAUGAAGAUGAUAAUGACGACGAUGAUGAAGAUGGUGAUGAUGAAGAUGACGACGAAGAAGGAGAAGAUGAAUAUAAUAGAAGAAUAUCAAGUGAAGGAGGUGAUAUAAGUGAUGAAUCUGAUUCUUACAGAAGGAUAAAACGAAAGAAGAGUAGACAUUACGAUGAUGAAGAUGAUUAUAGUGAAGAUGAUGAAGAAAAUGAUGAUAGUUAUCAUGACUAUAUGCAAUAUAUAAGGAAUAUUGAUACUAAUUAUCAUGACCCUCAUCAUCCACCAUUGAAUGAAAAUGACUUGCAGGAUACAAACACGUUUGAAACUAAUCCUCGUCCUAGCGGUUAUGUUGAAUUCAAAUCCAGACAGAGUAAUGUGUUACGUAAACCCAGUGAUGAAGCAUCUAUUGAACAAGAAAAAUUGUUAGAUUCUGAAUAUAGCAUCUUAGAUGAUGGUGAAGAUAUAUCCAACUUUACAAUGAGAGGCAUUCUUUCUAAUCCUCUGAGAGAUAUGAUUAAUGCUAAUGGAAAUGGAAGAGAAAAGAGAAGACAAGAAUUAUUAAAUUCUAUAAAUGAAUUAACUGAAUUCGAACAAACUAAUCGAGAUAAGAUUUAUAAAUUCAAAAAGCAACAAUUGUUAAAUAGAUUGAAGAAUUUACAACAAUCAACUAUAUCAUUCACCAAUAGUGAUAUUAAAGAUGAAGAGUUAUUAACUUUCAAAGAAAAUCUUGAUAUCGAAAGGGAUGAAGAAUUAGUCAGAUUAAAAUUAUUCCAAAAUCAUGAAUUAUUAAAGAGUUCAUUAAUAUUUUAUCAAGAUUCCAAUAGAGUUUAUAAACAUUUGAAUUCAGUCAUGAUAAAUAAAUUAGAGAAAUUAAAGAAUUUCUUUGAAUUUCAGCGAGAAUUAUUUUUAAAAUAUCUUAAGAAUGAUAAUCUUGAUAUCUUUGAUAUUAAAAGUAAAGAUUCAACUAAAUUAUUUAAAGGCAUUUCUCAUCGUGAUUUCAAUCAAGAAAUUAAACAAAUCAUUCGUGAUUCAAUUUAUAAUGAAUUAAAAGAUUAUCAAUUAGAAUCGAUCAGUAAAUCAAGAUUAAUCAAAUCAAACUUGAUGGAUACUACAACGUCUAGUACUGCUUCUUCAUCGUCUUCACUAAAUAAUCCAACUUCCAUAACUUCAAACUCUAGUGAUUCACUUAUUGUUCAUGAUUUUAUGCCAUUAAUAUCUCCUGCUGAAUUUGAAAUUAUAACAGGUGAUUUACCCGUCAAUGUUAAAUUAACCGGUAAUACAACUAAAGAUAAUAAUAUUAAACAUCAAAUCUUCCAAAAUCCAUUAUAUGAUAGAAUAACUUCAGGAUCAGAUACUAAUGCAUCCGAUAGUCAAAGUAGUAGCGUUAACGUCAGUGCAGGACCAAAGAGAAGAGGUAGAAGAAGUAAUAAAGAAAAUGCCGCCGCUGCUGCCGCUGCCGCUGCAGCUGCAAGUGGUGGUGGCACAGCUUCUCCUGCUGGUGGAGCUGCCGGUGCUAGUUACUUAUUUGAUAAGAUGAAAGGUGGUGAUGGACCAGAUAGUAAAUAUUCUGAAGCUGUUUUAUUAGCUAAGAUUAUGAAACAAUUUUCUGGACCAGCAUCAUUAAGAUCUGAUGAAUUAGAUGUUGAUUUCCAAAAAAUGAAAAUAAAAUCAAAAUGGUCUAUAACUAAAUAG